AUGAAGUUCAGCAUCGCCCUUUUGCUCGCGACUUUUGCGUCGGACGCACUAGCAUCGGCAGUUGCGAUUCGCGCACCCGACGCCGUCGAACAUCAGCCAUUGGAGCGCGCCGACGGCCAGUCGGACUAUUACCAAGACCUAUGGAAGCGCAAAGGUGGAGGUGGCGGAGGUGGUAGGGGCGGAGGAGGAGGAGGAGGAAGCAGUUCUGGUGGAGGCAGUUCCGGGGGAGGCAGUUCUGGUGGAGGCAGUUCUGGUGGAGGCAGUUCGGGAGGCAGAGGAGGCGGAGGGAGCUCAGGAAGCGGAGGUACCUCUGGCGGUCGAGGUUCCUCGGGUUCCUCAGUCGGCGGCCAGACCAGGACCGGCAGCGGCCCACCACCCCAAUAUGGCGGAGGUGCUUACUACGGCGGCGGCGCUAGGGUCCCGUACAGAUCCGGCAGUAGAUCCCCUUCGGGUAUCGCUCCGAUCUUCCUCGGUGCCGGGCUGGCUUUGGCCUUCUGGCCGGGUAUCUGGUAUCACGGCGCAUACAUGUACCCUUACAGUCACCCGUAUGGCUUCUACAACGCCACCAGCGAUACGAACGAGACCAAGCCUGUCACCUGUGGUUGCGAUCCUACAUCGGAAUGCGCCUGCGACGAGAAUACCAACAGCACUUACAUGAGCGACUUGAUUGGCAACGGCAGCUAUGCUGCGCUGAAUAAGAGUGUGAUCGACGUCGCCGAUGUCAACGGCACGAGCACCAUCCUCAUCAACGGUACUCUGCCCAACGGCACCACGGCCAGCGGUGGCACCGAAGACGCAAAUGCCGCCGCGGGCCUACGCUUCCUUCUCCAGUCCGCUGGCUGGUGGCCUGUGGUUGCUACUGUCUGCGCCAUGGUUUUCAUCUCUUAA